AUGAGUUUUGUAGAAGAAAAGGAAGUCGCUGGAGGCCAAAUCCCUACCACCAAAAUACCGCUGGCCAUCUCUCUCACUCUCGCUUUCUAUCCCUCAGAGAAAGCUUUGAGCUAUUAUUCUUCAACCUUGGUGGCUCUUUUCGGAGUUGGAACUAUAUUUGAGAGAAAUACACAUCAGAAUCUGCAAAUCAUGGUUGCUACAGCUGCAACUGCAUCUUUGUUUCCGAUUUCUUCCUCACAACCUGAAUCUGGUGGCAAGAAUUCCAGUAAGCAUGGAGGUGGUUUGGGUAGUGUUGAUAUGCAUGGAAUGAAGACAAAAUCCCGGGGUUUACAAGUUAAGACUAAUGCACAGGCUCCUACAAAGGUAAAUGGUACUAGAAUAGGUGUCAUGGAUGGGCUCAACCUGAAGAAUGAUGAUAAUCCAACAUCAACUGCUCCAAGAACUUUUAUCAAUCAAUUGCCUGAUUGGAGCAUGCUACUUGCUGCUAUUACAACCAUUUUCUUGGCUGCUGAGAAGCAAUGGAUGAUGCUAGAUUGGAAAACUAAACGCCCUGACAUGCUUUCGGAUCUUGAUCCUUUUGGUUUAGGUAGAAUGGUUGAAGAUGGGUUUGUUUUUCGUCAAAACUUUUCUAUUAGAUCUUAUGAAAUAGGGGCUGAUCGAACUGCAUCAGUAGAAACGUUAAUGAAUCAUUUGCAGGAAACAGCUCUUAAUCAUGUAAAACAUGUUGGACUCUUGGGUGAUGGGUUUGGUUCGACUCCUGAGAUGUGUAAAAAGAAUUUAUUUUGGGUGGUGACAAAGAUGCAAGUUCUGGUAGAUCGUUAUCCCACUUGGGGCGAUAUGGUCCAAGUAGAUACAUGGGUAGCUGCUUCUGGAAAAAACGGUAUGCGACGUGAUUGGAUGAUACGCGAUUAUAAAACUGGAGAAAUACUAACAAGAGCUUCAAGCAAUUGGGUGAUGAUGAAUAAAGUUACAAGGAGGUUGUCUAAAAUACCUGAUGAAGUCCGAGCUGAAAUUGUGCAAUUCUUUGUAGACACUCCUCCUCUUGUUGAUGAUGACAACAUUAAGUUGCCAAAAUUCGAUGACAAUACUGCUGACCAUGUUCGUAAUGGUCUAACUCCAAAGUGGAGUGAUUUGGAUGUGAAUCAGCAUGUCAACAAUGUGAAAUAUGUUGGCUGGAUUCUUGAGAGUGCUCCACAGCCUGUAGUGGAGAAUUAUGAGCUGGCAAGCAUGACUUUGGAGUACAGGCGGGAGUGUAUGAAGGACAGUGUGCUGCAGUCACUCACGUCCUUAUUGGGAAAUGACGAAAACGGGUCUGGUGAUCUGAAUCUUGUUGAUUGUCAGCAUCUGCUUCGAUUAGAAGGAGGUGGGGGCGAAAUUGUCAAAGGAAGAACAAAGUGGAGACCAAAAUAUGCAAACAGAUUGAGUGGGUAGGUAAGUGGCAUUAUGGUCAUUUUGGUAUUGAUACUUGUGUUGUUGCAAAUUUAUUUGCAAUGUUUUGACCUCUCGUCUAUAUAUAAUAUAUAUAUAUUGGGUUGGAAAGUGUAAGAAUUAAGAAGCCUGUUGUAAGUAAGCCCUUCCUCUUUAUGAACAAAACUAUCUCUUUGGAUUUGCUUAUUUGGAUUG